AUGAAAGAUUACUUCUCCGCAAACACAUCCAUCGAUCAAAAUUGGCUCAAUAAUGGCAUGUUGGCCACUGUCCGUACUUUCACUAAGCAGUCCCAAUCCGACUCUGACUCGGGUUCCAAUGUUGCACAUCGUCUUCGGGUUCACAACCAACAGGAAACCGAGUCGACUAUGUCACAGUCCACCUCCUUGGCUGGAGAGUCCAGGUCCGAGCCGUCGCAGUCCUCCCUCGAAAAUCCCCAAGAUUUGCCUCAUCGGAGACGACAGCGCAGGAGGAUGUUAGCCGAUGGACAAACGCCCUCGCAGGCAGAAACACAAGAACCAGACACAGCAACAGCAACCACCCCAGAGGAGUCUCUACCACUCGAUGCCUCAUCUCAACUCACAACUGCUGCCACCUCUUUACCCACCUCAGCUACACUUCGAAGGAGAGCUGCCACUUAUUUAUCCCUCACCAAGCCUCGCUUGUCCUUCUUGAUCCUCCUCACCACCACUUCCGCUUAUUCCUUGUACCCUAUACCAGACAUUCUCUCAACCACGGCUUCCUCCGUCGAAACUUCUUUCUCUACUUCCACCUUGACCCUUCUCUUCCUUACCACCGGCACCUUUCUAUCAUGCGCCUGUGCCAAUACCUUUAAUAUGCUCUUCGAACCCAAAUACGAUGCCUUGAUGACUCGGACACGAAAUAGACCCCUGGUACGGAAACUCAUCACUCCGCGAGCCGCCGUCGCUUUCGCCAUUCUCUGUGGAUCUUCCGGCUUGCUUCUGCUAGGCUUGGGGACCAACCCUACCGUGGCUGGUCUCUCGGCCCUUAACAUUUUCCUCUAUGCCGGCGUCUACACUCCAAUGAAGCGUUUGUCACCCGCGAAUACCUGGGUUGGAGCCUUAGUUGGUGGAAUUCCUCCUUUGAUGGGCUGGUGUGCUGCAGCUGGCCAAGCCGCCACCUCGGAACAUCACUCAUGGCAGGAUUUGCUCCUAUCUGAAGACGCUUUGGGUGGCUGGGGACUGGCCGCCUUGCUGUUUGCCUGGCAAUUUCCCCAUUUCAUGUCUUUAUCUCACCUUAUUCGCGACGACUAUCGUAAUGCGGGCCAUAAAAUGUUGGCAUGGACAAAUCCGGCACGCAAUGCUCGUGUUGCUCUCCGUUACUCCAUAGCCAUGUUCCCAAUCUGUGGCUUUUUGUACUGGUCGGGUUAUGUCAACCCAGGGUUCUUGGCUAUCAGUACAGCCUGCAAUGUUUGGAUGACCCGUGAAGCCAUUCGAUUCUGGAGGAAGCAAGGUGCCGGUGGUAGUGCAAGAGGUCUCUUCUGGGCAAGUGUCUGGCAGCUUCCUCUUGUGCUGGUUGGUGCCUUGGUCUGCAAAAAGGGCAUCUGGGAUGGCUUCUUCAGUUCCAAUGAGCCUAUCAGCAUAUAUGAGGAGGAUCAAGCCGACCAAGACGGUGAUGGCCUAGGUAUGGAAUCAGUCAACUCGCAGAACAACCGGAAAUCUCCACGCGACCUCAACAUGGCAAUGAUAGGCUUCAAAAGACCUACUUGA